AUGACCGCCCAGAUCCUGUCCGGCGAGCUGGCCAAUCUCGUCAACGAGUCCAAGAGGAAAAACCCCGACCUGCGCAGUGCCGCCGACAAAUCGCUGCAGGAACUGCGGUCCCUGCCCUCGACCUCCGAGGCCCAGCUGACUGCCGACCUGACCCGCCGCACCACCUUCAUCGACCCCUUCGUCAAGGCCUGCCAGACCCAAAAUGCCAAAUUUGCCGGGUCCGCCGUCGUGUGCCUGCAGCGCCUCAUUGUCAUGCGCGCCGUGCCCCGCGCCAGGUUAAAAGAGGUGCUCGACGGCUUCCGCGACUCCAGCCAAUUGAGUCUGGACAUCCAGCUCAAGAUCCUGCAAGCGCUGCCCGCACUCAUCCAGAACUACUCCGAUGAUGUCCGCGGUGAGCUGCUGUCGAGUGUGUUGCAGGUGUGCUCGACUUUGCAGACUGCGAAAAAUCCCGUUGCAAGCGCCACUGCUGCCGCCACCUUGCAGCAGCUUGUCAUUUCGACGUUUGAAAAGGUCGUCGUUGAAGACGAGAAACAACUACAGAUCCCAACCGUGACAGAGGUUCCUGGAGAUGACGGCAACAUCUCCGUGCGACCUUCCGCCAAUGACGCUUACAAGGUCUUCCGCGAUAUUUGCCUCUUGAUUGAAGGCGCCAAGCCGCAGUCGAUUCGCUUCUCGGCAAUCUCACAGGCCUCUGGACUCGAACUGGUUGAAGCAGUCUUGAGCAAUCAUGGUAGCCUCUUCCUGUCGCAUGCCGAGCAAUCUUACAUUCUCCGUACACAUAUCAUGCCGCUCGUCAUCAAGAGUCUUUCCGAACGUCUGAGCUUUUCAAUUACUCUUCGGAUCAUGCGAAUCUUCAACCUGAUCAUCAGACAACAUUUGGCCAUAGUGCCCUCGGAAUGCGAAAUGGCAUUGGGCCUGUUGAAUCAUAUGCUUGAUCCCGAUGCCGCAGCCCCGUGGAAGCGCGCCAUGUGCAUGGAGGUCUUCCGAAAUGUCUACUCGGAUCCCGCUCUGAUCAUCCAGAUUUAUGCCCAGUACGAUUCCCAGGAGGGCAAGAAGCCGGUAAUUCGAGACAAUCUCGCCGUCUUCGUCCGCCUCUCGACGGAGAAGCCGACCGUCAUUGGCCUUGGCCAGCACUCCACCGCUCCGGUAAAUGCACCGCCUGAAGAAGACGUCUUACCCGACGCUCAGGUUGCGCUGGAAGCUGGCGCUGUUGGCAUCAUCGGCGGGGCACCAAGCACAUCGAGUGUACCCGGAAUUAGUACCCAGUGGAGCACCAUGCGCAUCCCCUGCAUGGAUCAUCUGGACAAACAGGAGCCACCCGCUUUGCCCGAGACUUACAUCUACAGCCUGGUCUUGAGCUGUAUCAAUAACUUCUCCGAGAGUCUCGCCAAGUUCAUUCUUCCUCUGACUGUACACAAGGAAGGCCGUAAGAAGAAGGCGAAAGGUGAUGCAGCCGCAAACCAGGAACCUCCUGGCACGCCUGUCGAGGAGAAGCCCAAAAGCAGGAUGGCUAGAUCGCAGUCGUUCAGACGACGGACAGUCCCCGUUAAUCCGCUAGAGCUGAAGAACAAUCCGGCUGAGGAAGCCAUCAAAAUGACUGCAGAGGCUAUCAAUGAAUGUUGGCCAGCCGUGCUUGCUACGUGCUCGACUUUCCUCAACGCUGCCCUUGACAACGAUUAUUACCAUGACCUGGUACGGUCAAUUCAGAAGUUCACCCAGAUUGCUGGGCUUCUGCGUCUCUCUACGCCUCGAGAUGCGUUUCUCACAACGCUCGGGAAAGCAGCCGUUCCACCGACCGUCUUCACGGCGACCAUCUCGAACCCCAAGGCGUCAGGUGCCGAGACGCCAACGAUGUACAAUAACAAGGGAGGGUUGUUGAGUGUGGACAGCCUUGUGAAUCAGGGAUCUGAUAAGAGCAGGCGAACAUCAAUAGAGUCAGGGCCGCCAACUCUUAGCACGCGGAAUCUGCUGUGUCUGAGAGCACUCCUGAAUUUGGCAAUUGCGCUGGGUCCGACGCUAGAGUCAGCCUGGUCGAUUGUGUUCGAGACCUUGCAGCAAGCAGACAUGAUCAUGGCAGUAGCCAACUCCACGAGUAGCGGCCGGGACCGCAGAGGAAACCGCUAUGAUGGAGUUGCCAUAGCGCAGAUCAUGGGCCCGGAAGUUGCUGCUGUACAAUCUGCAGCAACACGAUUGUUUGAGAGCACUGUGGACUUCCCGAACGAGUCCUUCGUUCUAGUGCUGACUUCGCUAUGCACACUACUUGAAGGCAAACCCAGUCGUGCAAGCGUCAGCCAGGGGCCAUCAACGCCGAACCUUGGGGAAAGGAAGGCAAGCAAUUUCGGCAUCAACAUCAAGACUGAGCUUCAUGUUCAGGAUUACGUCUUCGCAUUGAGAAAACUUGGCGACCUCGGCACGCUCAAUGCUAAUCGGCUCAUCAGCUUCGACCCAGACGUCAGCGGUUGGUCAUUGUUGAUCAAGGCACUGGUGUCUGUUGCGAGCAAUCCAGCUAUCACCAGCUCCGUACGCCUUCUCGCAGCAGAUGUGCUAAGCGGUCUAGUCCAGGAUGUUGCCAAGGAAACCCAGGCGGAAGACCAACCACUAAAGAACGAGAUACAUGCUAGGGUCCUUUCAGCGCUUCAAGUGGUGGUGGACUCUCUUUAUGAUGGCGCCAGCGAUCCCGAGGACGAGCUUGAUGAAACCGAUAUCGAAGUCCAUGUAGUCGUUCUUGAUGCCCUCAAGAGCAUCCUGGAACAGUGCGGUGACUCACUCCAAGUGGGCUGGAAUCUUGUUUUCCUGCUUGCUCGGAGCGUGUUUGUUGGCUUUGGUACUAAGAUGCAAGAUGGCAAGCCGAAUGAAGACUCUCUAGGCGGGACUAUCGCCUUGAAGUCAUCGGAGAUGAUUGCUACAAAUUUGGGAAGACUGGCCUUCAGUUCUGUGCAACUGGUCUGCUCCGAUUUCCUGACUUCGAUCCCUGACGAUGCAAUAUUUCUGCUCUUGGAUCUGCUCUACUUCUUCUGCGAUCAAGGGGAAGAUCUGAACAUCUCUCUGACUACCAUCACUUUCUUUUGGAACGUUUCGGACUAUCUCCACGGCCGUACAGACGCAACAGCCAUGGAAGAGCUUGCAACCAAGUCGAUCGAUGUUGCUAACCCUGAAGAGCAAAUCCAGGAAGGUGUAAAAACGCAGUCCAUUCCGGCAAUGUGGCUGCAUCUGCUGGAACGCAUUGCUACCAUUGCACACGAUCGCAGAGCAGAUGUCAGAAAUGGAACCCUUCAUACUCUUCUCCGCAUUUUCGACAACUAUGGAGACCAACUCUCACCUGCGUCAUGGAAUCUUUGUCUGCGGGUGAUCAUGUUCCGUCUGCUGGAUUUCGACAUCAGACAACAUCAGGCCUUCCGCUCCACCAACGCAGACCCCGAAGAGGCGCAUGCUUGGGUGGAGACAAGUCACAUUAUUCUCAAUGGUCUUGUCAAGCUAUUUAGCGCCUAUCCGGAAAGCAUCCUUGGCGCGCCUCGAUUCUCAUCGCUUUGGGAGUCCAUGUUGGAUUACUUUCAGCAAUAUCUGGAUUGUGGAUCACAAGCUGUCAAUGCAGUCACGUACGAUGCCAUCUCUGGCCUGUUGAGCAAGCUCGAGUCUACCAAAUCCAUUGAUGAAGGCGCAAUCCAGAAAGCGUCCAAGAUCUGGCUCGAAGGGUCGCCCAGGAGCAAGGAGGACUACCCGUCGAAUAUCGGCAAUCAUGAAGCCUACCUUGCCUAUGUGCGCUGCUUCCGAGAGUUUUACCGCCUCAUUGGCAAGGAGCUGGAUUCAGAUGCCCUUUCCAAGGUUGCAUCAAACCUUCAGAGCUGUAUUGUCACCGAAGAGGGUACGGCAUACACGUCGGACAGGGACAUCUUGACUCCUUUGCAGAAAGCGGUUCUUGAGGGUAUUAAGGUCAUCAAGACAGACUUUGAGGGCGCACCAACAAUCGUUGUGAAGCUCCUCGCCGACUUCGCUGCCUUGCCUUUUGGUAGGCCUCCUCCAAUCGGAACACGGGACGGUAACACCUUUGUCGCCAUCAGCAAGGCGUCCAUGGAUCACAUCCAAAAACUCGUAAAAGACCACAUCAAGGGCACAGAACUUUAUGCCAAUGGCGCGCUACUUGCUGCUUUCCAAAGUCUCGUGGUUCCAAUCCGUCUGAAAUACGAGUGGAAGGUCCAAGGCAAAGCCCCAAGCAUAUGGCAGAAAGCAACCACAACAUCACUGAACAUCCUGGGUCCCAUCCUCGCCAAUGCGCGGAGUCUAUCUAUCAACCACGACCAAAUGGCCCCCAUCUGGCAGGAGAUCGUCGCCAUCGCAAGCGGCAUCGCUUGCGCCGACCCUGCGGCAGCACCCUCGCCCAGCGUCAUCCUCGAAGACGAGGCCUUCGACAUCAAAUCCCUGACCUCCCUCCGCGACAUCAUCACACCGGGCCUCGGCGCCUCGUACAUCCCGGACCCGACCCGCCGCGCCUACACAUCCACUCUCUUCCGCAACUCCCUCAUCCACCCUCCCUCCAUCGAGGAGAUCCCACCGGACUUCUCCUCGUCGCCGCCCCUCGCCUCCCUCUACGCCAUGCGCCACGGCCGCACGCGCGACCCGCCGCCCACGCCUCGCGCGCGCAUGUCGUAUUUCUGCCUGCGCGAGCUCCUCUCGCUCGUCCGCCGCACCGAACACAGCACCACCACCACCACCUCUUCUUCUUCAGAAAAGGAAGAAGAAGAAGGCGAACGCGAACGCGAACGCGAACGCGAACGCCACGGCCAGCGCAUCGCCCUCGCCCGCGCCGCGGCCCCCUACCUCAUCCUCCGCGCCGCGCUGCCCAUCAAGGCGUACGUCGCCGACCGCCCGCUGCGCGGCCGCAUGCCGCAGCCGCACAGCCAGCGCGAGGAGCUGCUGUUCGUGCUGCGCGAGCUGCGCCAGCUCGAGUGCGAGCCCGACGCCAUUCCUGCUACGAGUGAGGUCGCUGUUGUCCGGGGGGGUGCGGAGGAGGAGGAGGAGGAGGAGAGUACGAGGAGGAGGCAUUUGCAGCGGUUGUAUCCGCUUGUCGUUGGGGCGGUGGGGGUGGCGGGGAGGUGCUCGGGUGGUGGGGGUGGUGGGGGUGACGGGGAGGUCGUGGAGGCGUUGGAGGGGGUGUUGGAGGGCGUGGGGGUGGGGGUGUUUGGGGGUUGA